UCCUACCAUACUAAACGAUAACAUCCGAAAACAGCUGAGAAUCAAAUGCCUACUUGUAUUUUUGUUUACUAUUAUUUGUUUUCCACAAAUAUUUUUAUUUUAAACCAAACAAAAGAAAACUGAUGAUGAUUAUUUUGCCAAGAUAAUAUGCAUUCAAUUGUUACUUAUGAUAAUUCUAUGCUUCAAAUAAAAAGCAAAGAGCAUUUUUUGAGUACUGGAUGUUCAAAAUUGGAUAAAUUUUUAAGAGGAGGUUUACUUAAUAAAGGGAUCACUCAGAUUUAUGGAGAAUCUGGUACAGGUAAAACUCAAUUGGCUCUCCAAUUAUGCUUGACAGCGCAAAUUAAAAAUGACUCAUCCAAUUAUUUGUAUGGUGCAGCAUACAUUUGUACAGAAGCAGCAUUUCCAUCUAAUCGAUUGCAACAAUUAUUUGAAAAAUCACCAAUUGCAAAAAAACAUUUAAUAUCAAAUGAAAUGAUUUUCAUUGAACAUGUUUCAAGCACAGAAGACUUAGAACAUUGUAUUUCAAGUCCUGAACGACUUCCACAGCUAUUGAGUAAAUAUAAAAUAAAACUGAUUGUUAUUGAUUCUAUAGCUAGCACCUAUAGAGUUGAAUAUGAAUCAGAUAAUUUGAAAAAUAGAGCAAAAAGUUUGAGAAAUUUAGGUUACCACUUGCAUAAAUUAGCAAACAAGUAUGACAUUACUGUAGUUUGCAUAAAUCAGAUAACUGCCAUCAUUCACAAAACACCUGUAGAACAUAUUUCUGCAAAAGAGAAGCCAUCUCUCGGCAUUACUUGGGCUAAUAUGAUAACCAACUCUUUACACAUGUACAGGAAAAAUAACAGACGCUAUCUGUACUCAGAAGGCUCAACUUAUAUGCCACAUCAAACCAUUGAGUUUGAAAUUUCAGGAUCUGGUGUUGAAGCAAUAGAUGAUUAA